UCGACCAUCCUCAUCAAAACGGAUGCUUUCUUCCAAGAAUAAACCCUCAAAAAUCAACCACAUUUCGUCGUGCUGCCCUAAUUUGCACCACUUUUGCGACGUUUCUUGAUUCAACCAAGGUUUUGUUUGGUGUGUGAUUCACUGGUUUUGGCUUCCACGCUAAAAGGGAACACUCCAAUUGUUGCUUCCUCCACGAUCUCGAUUUUGGGUACGUACCCUUUGUUGAAUCAGAUUCAGACAAGCCCUUUUGUCUGAAAUUACAAACACAAACCCCAUUGUCAUUUGAGGACUUUCAAUACUCGGAUGAGCUAUGGAAUCCGAGCAAGCGAAAGGAACCAUUGAGCAUGAGCACGAGCACGUAAGAAACGCCUCUGAAUCCGAGCAGACGAAAGGAACCAUUGAGCACGACCAUGUAGGGAACACCUCUGAAUCCGAGCAGGUGAAAGAAACCAUUGAGCACGAGCACGUAGGAAACGCCUCUGAAUCAGAGCAGGCGAAAGGAAUCGUUGAGCACGAGCUAAUAAGAAACGCAUCUGAAUCAGAGCAGGCGAGUGGAGCCAUUGAGCAUAAGCACAUAAGAAACGCGUCUGAAUCAGAGCAGGCGAAAGGAACCGUUGAGAGCGAGCUCAUAAGAAAUGCAUCUGAGUCAGAGCAGGUGAAAGGAACCAUUGAGCACGAGCACGAGCACGUUGGAAACACAUCUGAAUCCGAGCAGGUGAAAGGAACCAUUGAGCACGUUAGAAAUGUGUACGAAUCUGACGAAGAAGACAGCCAAAUAGUCGAAGAAUCAAAUGCUCGACACCUUACACCUUCGUCUUCUGCAUCCUCCUCCUCCUCGUCUUCGUGUGCUUCAUUGGAACUUGAUGUUCCCAUUGCCAAACCCAAGUCCUAUGGAGACCUGCAGCUCGGCCAAGGAUCCGUUUCCACGCAAAAUUGCCCUGCUCAGACAGCGGAAUGGAGCAUGUCAAGCGUGUCCCCUAUUGUCGGUCCAGAGGGGCACUUAUCUCCUACAACAUCCCCUCCGGUCCAAACCAUGGGCCAUCCUUCCGAUUAUGACCCUGCCCGGAUCCCUGCCUCCGUGUUCUCUAGUAAACCAGCGAAUGCCUCAGAUUGGAGCGUGGCCUCAAACGACUCGUUGUUCAGCAUACACGGUGGGAACACCAGUUUUGCCAAGGACCAGUUCAGGUCCGAGGAGCUUGCCAGAUUGGAGGAUUCGAGCAACGGUCAAUCAUCCCUUUACGCCUCAGAAGCCAAGCCUAAUGAAAUAUGCAGUCUCCCUAUCAGCCUUCCUCCCCUCAUGGAGGUGCCAUCGCACGAAGAGGGAAGUGUAAAGUCGAGCACCGUCUCCAGCCUUGAAAAGGAGGACUCCAUCACCUCGGGGACCAUGAAAGGAGGCCGUCUCUCUAACGAGAGUGCCACCUCUUCUGCUUUCCCUGCAUUGGGUAGUGAAAGCGGAAAGGCUAGCUCGUUGGAGAAGGUUGAGGAGAAGCCGGAGACGGAAGCACAGCAUACUAAUAGUACCAACCCGGAAUCCACAAAGGGGAGAUGGUUUACGUGGUGCCCGUGUUUGUCUCGUUGCUGCUAACGAUCAUGAUGUCCACUACCAAUAUACAUAUAUACAUACACCCUUUUGAAGAUUAGCUUAGAAUAGUCCCCAAUGGUUGGUGGUAUCUGUUAUUGGCGUCACGUGCUCAACCGGAUCCGUGCCUCGUAUCUCGGCUGCUGAUACACUGUGAGUUGGUUCUUCCUCUUGGCAGCAUGGCUUGAUGCAGGGAUGAUGAUCAAAUGAAACUUUUGUGAUUUGAUGUUGUUAUCUUAUAUUCAGAUUUGAGAAUCAAAUAAGCUAAAUCAUAAUGUAUAUAUCCAUAUAUGAAAAUGUGGUAUCUUAUUUUGUGUA